AUGACUUCAUCUGCUGGUUGGCAGCCAGCCAAACAGCCGAGCACUAUGCAUCGUCUCCCAUCCGUUUCUAGCCUUAUGUCGCCCCCAGAGACCAAACCUCUCGAGAGCUUUUCUGUCUCACUUUCACCUUUUACAAAGCCUCGAGAUUCCUCAGCUCGUGACAUACAGCUUCCACCCAUCUCAGCUGAUCGAAAACGGACACAGUCAGAGAUGGAUCUCCCAUCACCACCCGUGACUCCCUAUACGGGGAACAAGAAGAGCAAUGCCCACGCCUCGGACCAAAUUGAAAGGGAUUUGGGAUCCCCCAGGGACCCCCCGCUGUUCGGCCCCGUUCACCCUCCAUCUGCAGAGGCACUUGUGGAAGAGCACAUGAAUUCUCAUAUGGCAAUGUUUCGCAAUAAGUUGAACAAACCCACACGAGAUGAAUAUCUCUUGGCACUCUCCUGUGUUCCUAUCGUUUCGACCCAGUACAAUCGCAACCCGGCUGCUUGGGCUCGAGAGGAACGGGAGACGCUGGAGCGCCAGAUGGUCAUGAUGAACCGCUAUCGCCCAGGAGAUUACGAACCCAAGUUGAAGAAGAUUGCUCCCGCUCCCGCGAAAAGAUUGGGCACACAGCCGCGCGUGCAGCGAACCCGGGUCAAACGCACCCCUAAAUCCACCCCCAAGCAACAGGUGUUUGACAACUUUGAUCCCCCCCAAACCCCACUUACCAAACCGCGUGUCUUGGGUACGAAUCGUGAUGACACCGAUUAUCACGCACUCAAGGACUACUCGCCCCCGGCAGAAACCCUAGGCAGUAAUGCUAAAGCAUUGAAGGCCGAUUGGAAGGGGCAGAUGUUGGAUUUGAGCAAUGACCCGGACAGAAAUCUUCUCAGUCCCGCCGAGCUCAAUCUUGCCUCCACUCUGAGACUUUCAUGUGCGACCUAUCUAUGCAGCAAGCGUCGAAUUUUUGAAGCUCGGGUCCGAGCUCUUGGUGUUGGCAAAGAGUUCCGCAAGACGGAUGCUCAACAGGCUUGCAAGAUUGAUGUCAAUAAAGCCAGCAAACUUUGGACCGCUUACGAACGUGUGGGUUGGUUUAAAGCUGAAUAUUUCCAUCAAUACCUAGCAUGA